AUGGCGCAGGCCGGAGCUUUGGCGGGUUAUCUCAAUUCUGAGAAGAGCAAAGGCCUGGAUGGGACCUAUGAGAGAUUGGGCGAUUUGAAGAUACCGGUGCCGGUGGCCCAGGGAUCCGACGACAAAAUGAUCCCCACGAUCAACAGCUUCCACUUGCAGCAGAAAGUGCCGAAUGGACAGCUGUUCAUCUACCCGAACAGCGGACACGGCUUCCUGUACCACUACGCCGACCUGUUCGCAAAGCAGGUGAAUACUUUCCAGCUCUGCCCCUUUCCAAAAGUUGCACAGUCGCAUUAG